AUGGCACAAACCAGCAACUCCGACUUCAAUCGCGAGUAUAACAACACCAAGAAGACGGUCAACGGCGGCAUGAUCGCCAUCAUCGUCGUCGUCGUCUUGUUCGUGGUCGGCGGCCUCAUCUCUCUCUUCGUCUUCUGCUGCGUCAUCCGCCGGAACAGGCAGCGCCGCAAGCGCCAGGCCGAGGAGAUCAGCGUCGCCAACCAGAAGGCCGCCGAGCGCCGUGCCCGCGAGGGCGGCUACCACGCCGCGCCGCAGCAGGAGGAAGGCGGCCUCCAGCCCUACCAAUACGGCCCGCCCGCUGGCGGCUACUACCACCCGGCCGAGAUGGACGCCUACCAGCCCCCGAUGGAGGCCGACUCGAGGGAAAGGGCCAAGGCUGAGAUGCCGUAA